AUGGCGAUAAUAAGCGAGAGUGCGGGAAACGUCAGCUUUUAUUGUGGCGAGCCGGUUUCCGUGGCGGCCACCUUCCCCGGGCCGCAGAGCUUCCUGCAGCUGCCGUGGCCUUCGAUACCUCCCUCUGAGGGUUUCACCGUGGGGUUUCAGUUCAGGACCUGGAACAGGGCGGGGCUCCUGCUCAGCUUCGGCCUCCCCCCGCCGGGGGGCGUGGUCUGGGUCUACCUGAGCGAGGCCAGGCUCCGCCUCCAGGUGUACAAACCGGGAAGAGCGGAGCUGGAACUCAGCGCGGGGUCUUCCCUGAACGACGGUCAGUGGCAUUCGGUGGAUCUUAUUUCCAGAAGCGGCCGUCUCACAGUGUCCGUGGACAAAAAGGAAGGGGGUGUUGCCCACGCUAACCCCUCUUUCCCCGUCACCGUAUCCAGCCAACUCUUCUUUGGAGGCUGCCCUCCUGAAGACCACGACCAGGAGUGCCGAAACCCCUUCGGUGUUUUCCAGGGCUGCAUGCGUCUCCUGGCUCUGGAGAACCAGCCCGUGGAUCUGAUCACGGUGCAGCAAAGACUUCUGGGAAACUUCAGCCAGCUGCAGAUGGACAUGUGCGGCAUCAUGGACAGUCGCUGUGAGCACGGCGGCCUCUGCUCUCAGUCCUGGACCGGCUUCAGCUGCAACUGCUCCCACAGCGGGUACACGGGCGCCACCUGCCACAGCCACUGGAGGCGACAGCAGUGA